CGUGUACGAUGGCGGACGAAGGUAACGAGGACAGCUGGCUGUACGGUAAUUCGGGCCAGGAUGGACCGGCGAACGAUUCAGCAGCUACCACCGACGCCGAACCGCUGACACUCGGUAAAGACACCGCGCUAUGGGAUGAACCGGACGAUUCACAAACCGCGACGAGAGAUGCCGGUGAGUUGGAUACAAAACGGCGUGGAUCGAACGAGCUGAACAGUGCGCCGGAUGGAGAAAAUGGGCUUUCCGCUCAGGACCAGCAGUGUGAUGAUAAUGCGAUGGAUUCGAGUGAUUUACAGCAGCAGAGCAAGCGAGAUCAUCGGGAUGCAAAUGUACCGGAUGAGAGUUUGGAUGAUUCGCACUUGAUGGACGAUGACCGAACGGAAAGUGAACUGCGGGAGGAAGAACGGAGUGCGGUUCGUAAACAGGCGGAAGCUGCCGAAGCUGAUAAAGCCGAUGGUAAUGAGGAAGGAGAUGGGAAGACCGAUGCGAAGGAUAAAAAGGAUUCCGGCGAUGGGAAGGACAGUGAGAAUGAAGGACAAAAGGACAAAGGCGGCUUGAGCGACAUGGAGAGCGAUAUUGAUAGUGACGAGGACGAUGAUAUUAAUGUCGUGAUCGGCGAUAUCAAAUCGGGCCCAAGCUACAACAUCAUCAAACAGCGCGGCCCCAUAAUGCCGAACCAGACGGCUGCAAAUGCGGCGGGCGUAACGGACAAAACGAAACAACCGGCGGGGAAGUUUAGUAUGGAAGAGUUUGAAAGCGUUGGCAUGAUCAAUGGUGUGCCGGCGCACGAGUUUAGCAUUGACUCGCUGGAUGAAAAACCUUGGCGGAAACCGGGUGCGGACAUUACGGAUUACUUCAACUACGGUUUCAACGAGGAAACGUGGCGAUCAUACUGCGAGCGACAGAAGCGAAUGAGACAGCACGAGAGUGGCGUUGGAAUGGCAGGAUUAACGAUAAACAAUCCACAGGCAUCGGGACCACCGAUGGGAAUGAUGCGCGAUAUGAGACGGUCGGGCGGCCCAAUGGGUGGUGGACCGAUGGGUGGACCGAGAAAGAUGAACGGACCGAUCGAAGUGAUUGGUGGUGGUCCGGGAGGUCCAAUGGGUGGUGGUGGCCCGAUGGGAGGCGGUAGUAGUGGUGGUAGUGGUGGUGGUGGCGGUGGAGGUGGAGGAGGACGACGGGGAGAUGAUGGGAUGGCCAUGUCGAGCCAGCCGAAGGAGAACGUCAUUCAGGUGAUGACGGCGGACCGUCGGGAGUACAGUCGAACGGUGGUCGGCAACAAGUACGACCCGUCGAUGGGUGGCGGUGGUCCACCAGGAUUCGGUGGAGGGCCGUCAGAUUUCUACCAUCCCGAACCAGAUUAUGCUGACUAUUACGAUCCGAUGCAGGAAUCCCAGUGGGGAAAUGAUAACGGAAAUUGGCAACCGUCCGGCAUUAAAACGCUAACACCCGGCCCACCGAUGAUGCACCCGGGCAUGGGUGGCAUGGGCCAGCAGCAGCAACAGCAGCAGCAGCACAUGGACAUGAUGGGACCGGGCGGCGAACGGAUGGUAAUGCCUCCCCCACAGCAGAUGCAGCAGGGCAUGGGGCCGGGACCGGGCAUGGGUCCAGGCGGUGGACGACUGCAUCCGCCCGGAAUGGGACCGGGGGGACCGCGGGGUGGCGAUAUGCGCAAUCCAAACGACCGCAAGCGAGGAGACCCACGUGAACGGGAUCGUGAUCGUGAACCGCCGCGUCGAGAUCGUGAUCGAGACCGUGGACGCGAGCGAGAACGGGAGCAUGAGCGGGAUCGUGAACGUGACCGGGAACGAAAAGAUCGCGAACGAAGCGAUCAUCGAUCGGAGCGAGAUGCUGCAAACCACGCCACACCGAAGGAAGAGCCGCCAGUAGAUCCUGUGCUCGGUGCUGGUGGUCCGUCCGUACCACCAGUUGUAGCAACGGGUUCUGCAUCGUCUUCCUCACGCGACGAUAAGGAUAAACGUUCCACGAAGCCGGAUCGUCACAAGGAUCGCCACCGAGAACGGUCCCGUAGUCGCGAACGGUCCAAAUCGCGACGUUCCGAUCGGAGUCGAGAGCGCGAGCAGCGACACAGCCGAGAUAAGAAAAAGUCCUCCCGGAAGGACAAAGAGGAUGGGGAGUGAAAA